CAGGAAUCAAAGGCGGACUUGGGAAUUUCAGCAGCUCCGGACGAAUUAUCUCGCGCGCAAUUCCAUCACCCCUUUCAUCUUCAGCUGUCUGUCCCCCGCCCUUCAGAUGCGCCCCCAGUUCUUCUCCCUCAUACCCCUCUCCAGAGCCACCCUCACGACCGCUCGCGCCGCCCCUCGCUCAGCUCAAAUCGUCAGAAGAACUUAUAUCGCCUCCGGCUCGCGAAACAUGUCUGCCCCCUCAUCGCCUGGUGGGCGAUCAGCUGUCCGUAUUCCUGGACCUGUUGAGACUUCUAUUCAGCAAAAGAUCAUUCAGGAGUUCAAUCCCGUGCUGUUAAGAGUAUACAACGACUCUAGCAAGCAUUCGCAUCACGCUCCCAUGCGGGCCCAAGGGGGAGGUAAUGGCGAGACACAUUUCGCCGUCCACCUCGUCUCGGCGUCAUUCAAAGGCAAGACCACAAUCGCCCGACACAGGAUGGUCAACACGCUUUUGAAGGAAGAGUUCGACGAGCGAGGGCUGCAUGCUUUGAGCUUGAGGCUCAAGACGCCUGAAGAGUGGGAGAAGGAAGGCGGUGGUGAGAUGAGGCAAUAAGUCUUGUCUGAUUUCUGAGCUUAUCAUGAGGGGAACCGCGUACUUGUUCUAUAAUGCAUGACAUGUUGUAACGCA